GGUGUAAUCUGGGGCCUGCAUUGGCAGCGCAUCAGGCGGGAGAACGGGGAAGCCUACCUGCAUUGCUGCUCGAGGAAUGCAGAUCCUCGUCGCAACGAGGGUUCCGCGACAGACUCACAGGCAGGCGCUUCUCAUCGAUCGGGGCAAGCGUGGUGGCAACAGCGUGUCAUGCCUCGUCCCGUCAAGAGAGGCCGGGUGGGAGGCAGUCGAGGGCUAGCUAUGGUGCGAGGGAUGGAGAGAGGUUCACGAGUUGUGCUGCUGCCCGCGAUCUCCUUGGGCUGCGGAAACGGGAAAUGGACGAGCUCAGACGCGGCGCAUAAACUCCACGACUGCGCUGGCCGGCCCGGCGCCAUGCUGGCCCUUAUUAUUGCGGCGGCGGCGCGCAGCCCCCGUUCACAAGGCCAACUGCACACAUGGCACCCUCAUGUCAGCCCGCCCGUCUUGGAUUGGGCCGCUCUCCCCGCAAACCCCUCGGCCCAGGGUUCCAUGGGCGUGGAGGCUGUCACUCUGAGUCGCGUCCAAACCUGCUGCUUGCAGAGAUCCUCCGCACUCUGCAUUAGGCGCCAUGCAUCCAGCCGCGCGCUCCGGAGCUGACCACCACGCGCCUGUGCUCUCAGGGGAUGGCUGUCUCACGUCCCACAAAUACGCCAGGCACCGCAAAAAGUAAUGCUACAUGUUCUUCAUGAUGGCUGCUCGUGUCAUGACCGCCACCCCACGAAAUCCCUCCACCGCUAGCCAAGCCAUUCCAUCUGUGGCGCCCCGCU